GCUGCAAGUUGCUUUUGUUUUCCUGGGCUGGGCUGUACGACUGACACACGACUGGAGGCCACUUCGGAGUUGAUGGGAAGGUUUUCCACCAUGGGGCCGCGUGCAGCACAUCCAUCCCUCUCCGUGGACCGCACCGCACCCAGGAACAAAAGCCACCCAUUUUAGGAAGGGGAAGGUGCUUGGCAGACAGCUCUUUGAAACACAUGGUUGCCACUGACCGGCUGGAAGCUGGAUGACAGAAGUGGCAUAGCGGCCCGGAAGGCGAUGGGCUGGCGAGAGCCGCUCUGUUGCUUUGCUGUUUGGUUCCCUCUGGUGCUCCUUCUGUUGCUGGGUGGAUCGGCUCAGGGGCAUAGAGGGCCAGCUGUGGAUGGGGACGACCAGCGGUGGAAAGGAGGGGGCAACAGGCAUGCCCGGAGCUAUCACCACCUGGAGGGGGACGUGCGCUGGAGGCGGCUCUAUUCCUCAACCCACUUCUUCCUACACAUUGACAGCGACGGCAAAGUCAAAGGGACCCAUUGGAAGAAGUGUCCUUAUAGCAUUGUGGAGAUCCGCUCGGUGCAUGUGGGUGUCGUUGCAAUCCGAUCCGUUCACAGUGGAUUCUACUUGGCCAUGAACAGAAAGGGGAAAAUCUAUGGAACGAAAGUAUACAGCCCCAACUGCAAAUUUAAGGAGCGCAUUGAAGAGAACGGCUUCAACACAUACGCCUCGCUGCGCUGGCACCACCAAGGCCGCCAGAUGUUCCUCUCUCUCAACGGCAAAGGCAUCCCACGGCUGGGCACAAAGACCUUCCGGCAACACCUCUCCACCCACUUCCUACCCAUGCUCGUCACCUGAAGUAAUUGCUUUCGCACACUGGACUAUUUUAUUACAUGCAUAUUUAAUUCCCCCCCCCCCCUAUUUAUUAUUUUUGUAAAAAAAAAAUGAAAAAAGCGUUUUAAGUGUAAAGGAAUAAAGCCAGUCCUGUACACUAUUACAC